UAUUUUCCGGCCCUCCUAUUUGCGUCAUCAAAACGCGCCGGGAUUGCACUGAAACUAAAACACACUGCAUAAACAACGACGAGGAAUUGCCGGAGAACUUUUGCAUCAGAGUUUGUGACUGGUCCAGAGAGGUCACAUGGCUGGUUCGGCCAUCAGCGGCUCCCGAGAACGUCCUGCUGCAACCAGGACCAGUUUUAUACCUGAGAUACAGGGCAUGAUGUUUGCCCUGGGAGACGCGCGCAGGCCGCUGCACGAGACAGCAGCCCUGGUGGAGGACGUUGUGCAUACACAGCUUAUCGCCAUGCUUCAUCAGGCCAGCGAGGGCGCCACCCUUCGUGGUUCGAGGGUCAUCGCCGUGGAGGACAUCCUCUUCCUAAUGCGCAGAGACAAGAGGAAGGUCUCAAGGCUGCUGAAGUAUCUCCAGUUCCGCGAUUACAAGUCAAAGCUUCUCAAGGGCCUGGACGACGAUGACGGGCAGCAAGAACAAGGGGCAGGAUUGUUGCCCACUGUCGGCGGCAGCAACCAGCGUCGCCAGCGUUUGGCUCAGGAUUACCUGCUGUGGUUGGACCACACGGGCGAGCUCCUGUCGCUGGCCGAGCGGCAGGAGAUGGACCCGGUCAAGCAAGAGAGGCUGGAGCGUCUGGAGCGUCACAGCAAAAUGAUGGACCAGACACAGUAUGCCGAAUUCUGUGAGAGUCGACAGCUCAGCUUUGCCAAGAAAGCGUCCAAGUUUCGCGACUGGCUGGACUGCAGUAGCCUGGACCUGAAACCCAACAGCGUUGCCAUGGAGAUACUGUCCUACCUGGCCUACGAGACUGUCGCACAGAUUGUAGACUUGUCUCUGCUGGUGAAGCAGGAGAUGGUGGCAAAGACCAACGCCGUCACUCAUGUCAUCUCGGCCAGCCACAUACACUACAACACGCAGGCUGAGGUCAAGAAAGAGUCAGAGUCCCCUGAGGCCACACCUCCCUCCACUCCUGGCUCCUCCCACUCAUCCAAGCCUCUCCUCCAAGGCAAUGGAAACCUCGACGGCAGAGCGCGGCAGAGGAAACGUAAAAAGAGCUGCCUUGCCACAGCGGAACCUCCCAGCGGCGCCAUCCAGCCUUGUCACAUCCGAGAGGCCAUAAGAAGAUACAAUUACCGACACACUAGCCCCUACAGGAGGAGUGGGAUGCCUUACCUGGCCUGCUGACCACCACACAUGGAAAAUCAUUGCCCCCCCCUUUUUUUUUAUGUUAAGAAAACAUCAUCCAGUGCACACAAUUUGGCAUUGUGGAAAUAAACUUUAAUUUUUGCCAAGACAAACGUAGAACACAAAAGGUGAGUGGGGCACGCUCGCUUGCUCAAUUUACUAGCCAGUAUCCUAAACGUUUGACGUUUUCCUUCUCCAGCACACUUGAUUCAAACGAUCAAGAAUGUGUUAGAGGAGGGAUACAUCUAAAACGAGCAAGAUCCCGGCCCUCGAGGACAGGAGUCUGAGACCGGUGGCGUACAUUGUAAAAAAGGAACAGUUCACCGUCGCUCAGAAUUUCUGAGCGCCGUUGACCAGGCCCAGGCCCUCACGCAUCGUCACAAGUUCUCCAUAGCGCUGCUGGAGUUCCCGCUCUCGUUCCAUCUGACGCUCCACGUCCUCGCGCAACAUCUACAUGGGUGCACACGGAAAAUGUAAAUGAUAAUAAAGGUCUAUUUUUUUCCAAA